GCUGCUGCUGGUGAGGCUGCUGCUGCUGCACUUGCUGCAGCUGCUGCACUUGGGCCCGCUGCUGCUGCUCCGCUCCAGGGGGCCCCAGCUGCCGGCUCUGCGUGCCGUGCUGCAGGUUCGACGACAGCUGCUGCUCGAAGGGAGAGGCCUCCGGCGCGUUGGACUGCUGCUGCUGCUGCUGCUGCUGCUGCAGCAGCAGCAGCUGCUGCUGCUGCUGCUGCUGCUGCUGCUGCUGCUGCUGCUGCUGCUGCUGCAGAUCGGGCUGCUGCUGCUGCUGCUGCUGCAGCAGCAGAGCAUUGGGGGAAAGAGUCGUGCGAAUGCGACACAGCUGUAAUGCAAAAGGUCUAA